CAGACUAACACUCUGUUGUUCAGUACAAAUUGAAGGGAACCACACCGACAAUAAAUACCAGAGAGAUAAUCAAUUAUCCUAUUAUAAAAAAUAAUAAUAAUAAUAAUCCACGUAUCUCGGAUAUCAAACUACAGUUUUUAGGACAGUUGAAUGUUGGGGAACCGAGGUUUAUUGUCUUGUAAACCAUGUUAGCAUUGCGAGCUAACUAGCCGCUGUCUCGUCGCCCUCUUCUUCAUGGGUUUCUGCUGUUGAGUCUGCCAGGCUUCUUGCUGGCGGCAGUGGGACAUCUAAUUAAUGCCAUCGGCCAGGAGCUCAGGUCAUAUUAUGAGUGGGGCGAGUUGUAAAGCAAACGGCGCCGUGUACCCCGCCUCAUCAGCCAUGAUGAACUCUGUGAAGAAGCCGAAGAUGGAGCAGAUCCAGGCCGACCAUGAGCUGUUUCUGCAGGCCUUUGAAAAACCAACUCAGAUAUACAGAUUUCUUCGCACAAGAAACUUGAUUGCACCCAUAUUUUUGCACAGGUCGCUUACCUUCAUGGCUCACAGAAACGGUCGAACGAAUGCCAGAAGGAAAACAUUCAAAGUGGAUGACAUGUUGCAGACAGUCGAGAAGAUGAAGGGAGAGCAGGAUUCUCCGAGCUUGUCAUCACAUCUACAGUUAACUUUCACUGGGUUCUUCCAUAAGGAUGAAAAGCCAUCACAGAAUUCAGAAAAUGAACAAAAUUCCGUGUCGCUAGAGGUGCUACUUGUCAAAGUCUGCCAUAAAAAACGCAAGGAUGUCAGCUGCCCUAUUAAGCAAGUGCCUACAGGUAAAAAGCAGGUGCCUUUGAAUCCUGACAGCAACCAAACCAAGCCUGGGGCCUACCCUUCCUUACUGGUGUCCAGUAACGAGUUUGAGCCCAGUAACAGCCACAUGGUCAAGUCCUACUCGCUCCUGUUCAGGGUAUCAUGCACAGGGAGAAGGGAUACUAAUGGUCUGGUGAACGGAGAGGCCAAUGAGAACAUCGAUGUAACAGAUACUCCUAGUCGAAAGAAGAGAAGUUCAUCCCAUAGAGACGACGGAGAUGCCACAGAGACUUUCGUUGCACAGAUGACUGUUUUUGAUAAAAACAGGAGAUUGCAGCUGCUGGAUGGGGAGUACGAGGUGUCCAUGCAAGGGAUGGAGGACAGCCCCAUCAGCAAGAAGAGAGCAACAUGGGAAACCAUUCUCGAUGGAAAAAGACUGCCACCAUUCGAGACAUUUUCUCAGGGACCCACGUUGCAGUUCAUGCUACGUUGGACAGGUGAUGCCAGCGGAAAGUCCACUGCCCCUGUGGCCAAACCCCUUGCUACCCGCAACUCAGACAGCUACAGCCCCAUGGAGACAAGGACCAGCAACCACCGAGCUGCCCUCAUGACAGUGAAAGAGUCAGUGAGCACAGACAUUCAGACGAGGAAAGAGCAGGUCCCGUGUGAGCCUCGGCAGAAGCUACGUAUAUUUUAUCAGUUCUUGUACAACAAUAACACACGGCAGCAAACCGAGGCGAGGGACGACCUUCACUGCCCCUGGUGCACCCUGAACUGCAGCAAACUCUACAGCCUGCUCAAACACCUCAAGCUCUCCCACUCGCGCUUCAUCUUCAACUAUGUGCCUCACCCAAAAGGAGCACGGAUAGACGUGUCCAUCAACGAGUGCUAUGACGGCUCGUAUGUUGGCAACCCUCAGGACAUCCACAGCCAGCCGGGCUUCGCUUUCAGCCGCAAUGGGCCAGUCAAGAGGACCGCGGUUACCCACAUACUGGUUUGCAGGCCCAAGAGGACCAAACCCAGUCUGUCAGAGUUCCUGGAGACUGAGGACGGAGAACUGGAGCAGCAGAGGACCUACGUCAGCGGACACAACCGACUGUACUUCCACAGUGACAGCUGCAUGCCCCUGCGGCCUCAGGAGAUGGAACUGGACAGCGAGGACGAGAGAGAUCCAGAGUGGCUCAGAGAGAAGACUGCCACGCAACUGGAUGAGUUCACAGAUGUAAACGAGGGAGAGAAGGAGGUGAUGAAGCUGUGGAACCUGCACGUCAUGAAGCACGGGUCCCCCAACAACAGAAAUGUGAAGGACGGAAGUUUCAUAGCGGACAACCAGAUGAAUCACGCUAUCAUGUUUUUCGCCGAGAACAACGGUGCUUACAUCAUCCGCCGCAACCUCUGCCGCAACUUCCUCCUGCAUCUCGUCAGCAUGCACGACUUCAACCUGGUGAGCACGGCCACCAUCGACCGCGCCAUGGCCCGCCUGAGACAGAUCCAGGAGGAGCUGCCGAACACCGAGGAGGAGCAGCGAGACCAGAUUCUGGCCUCAGCCGGAGCCUGCAAUGGGAACUCCGUCACCUCCUCUGGAGGGAAACAGGGCAAGAGGACAAAAAGCGCACUGACGGACUGAUGCAGGCUGGAGCCAAAAUUCAUGGAACAAUGAUUGUCGUGUGUUUUUUUAAAUUUUCGUUGUUUCAUUUUGUUUUUCCUUUAAUGAACAUUACCGACCCUUUGGUGCUUAGAUAGGCGUGAGAACUGGUCUCUGGAGGUUCUGACUUGAAGCAGACCUGUAUACAAGGUAAACAAGUUUUUGGAACUUGAGAUUUGAACCAAAUAUGAACAAUAUCAAAGUGAAUCACCCACUUCUACACAAACCAGGAGUUUGAGGACUGACUGAUGCAAGUUGAACCUACGUCAUAUGCAUUUGUAGGUGCCGCUGAAGUACAUGAUGAUCUGUGAUUGGAUGAGAGUGUGGACAAACGGGAGUCUUCUGACGUGGCACAACCGUCUUUGUUAUGUCCUCUUGUUCUAGAAAACUGUACGAAGACUACAGUUAAAGCUGGACUGGUAACAUUGUCACUGUUGAUUCUUUGUACACACACACACACACACACACACACAGUAACCCUGUUGGAAACGUAUCCUUUUAGCUGAUUCUUUUAGCACUUGGUGUUUGUGUUUAGGAGGCUCACCGUAAAUUUGUCCUCUUCUUUUCUUUUCUUUUUUUGUUUUUAUUCCUGCUGCGCCAAAAUGUUAAAUGCAGCCUUUUCUGGUGUCACCAGCAGAGAAACCUCGGUGGGUUUGAUUUCACAUUUGUGAAUGACAUUUCAUUUGAAGGUUUCUACACAUUGUCUCUAGAGUAUAUAAAGCCUUUACAGCUCGUGUCUGAAGGCCUGAAAUGGACUGUUGGUUUUCACUGGUUAUCUGCCUGGAAGAUAAAAUGGAAAACUCCUACUUCAUCACCCCUACGCCUUUUUUGGCCUGCAUUGUUAAUAGCUCAAGGAAAGCCAGGGAACUUUUCUGAAUCUUUUUUUUUUCUUUCUGAAGAUUUACUGAAACAACCAGCAGAACAUCACCCCAUGUAUCAUGUAGUGUGCAUAGCGAGCAAGAUGUAAAGCGGACAGUUUUGUAAUGCUGCUGGCACCUUUUAGUUUUUUUUUUUUUUUUUAUCAUGUCAAGGUCUGAACAUGUUGGAGUUCCAACAUAACUACCAGUAGCUGAUUAUUGACAGAAAUGUGUAUACAUGUAAUUAUAUCAAAUGUUUAGCUGUUCCCCAUUCUAACUCCAUGACUGAACAAGUGGCAGUUUCUUCUCUCAAAGCAAUAUGCUCUUCUUCAUCACAUGUUUGGUUUCCAGGUCCAACCUCAUAGUGUGUUCUUUUAGGUGCAGUUAAUGCCAAAGGGUAAUAUGUCCAUCACUCUCUUAGUUCAGUACAUUUUAUUAGAGGUCUUACUUUGUUCAUUUCAUGGCAACUUUCUUUAAAAAAAAAGAAAACGAAAUUGACACUAGUGUUUUUGUAGUGUGCACAUGAAUUUGGUUGAUCAUCAUACGUUACUGUUUCACCAGACUUCCUUGUGGAAAACCAAAUUACCAAUAUAUUUUCCUGCUUCCAGUAUUCAUGGAGGGUUUUCUGUAUUCAUCUGGGAAAAGGGGAGACGUAUUCACUAAUAUUGUCUGAACACCCUGUUUCAAAAUUGUGAACUGUACACUCUGGAUAUGGGGAUUUUUAUAUUUAAAGAAAUAAAAAUACAUUUGACCUUA